GGGGCUGACCCGUGUCCCGCGGCUCCGCUGCGAGCCCGGGCACCGAUGGCGGCACUGGGGGCUGACCCGUGUCCUGCGGCUCCGCUGCGAGCCCGGGCACCGAUGGCGGCGGCGGCACUCAGGGACCCCGCACAGGGCUGUGUGACCUUUGAGGACGUGACCAUUUACUUCUCCCAGGAGGAGUGGGGGCUCCUCGAUGAGGCUCAGAGGCUUCUGUACUGCGACGUGAUGCUGGAGAACUUUGCACUGAUAGCCUCGCUGGGACUUACGGCUUUCAGGUCUCACAUAGUUGCCCAGCUGCAGAUGGGGGCAGAGCCGUGGGUACCUGACAGGGUGGACAUGACGUCAGCCAUGGCAAGAGGGGUGUACAGCGGACCUGUCUCUGGUUUUUGCUGUGGAACGGAGGGUGAGUGUAAUGUGUCUGCUAAAGGAGUGUCACAGGACAGGAAGCUCAAGGCGGCUCUGUCCAACCAGAAGGACUACUCCUGUGACACAUGUGGCCUGCACUUGAAAGACAUUUUGCACCUGACUGAACACCAGGCAACACAUCCCAGGCAGAAACCAGACGUGUGUGAGGCAUCUGGGAGAGGGUUCAAGUCCAGUGCAAACCUUCACCAGCAUCAGAAUGUAGACAAGCCUGUCAGAAGGGAUGAGGACAGGUCCUCACUUGUGAGGAGCUGCAGAGAUGACACAUCCAUGGAACCUUUCACAGUCAGGGAGGAUGGGAAAGCCUUUGUGGGCGAGACGGCCACAUCCGGGUUUCUGCAGCAUCGAGUCGCUCACAGAGUGGAGGAGCCACCCCAGAGCACUGGCGUGCAAAGCCUUAACAAGUGCCGUGAAUUUGGGAGCACUUUGAGUGACAAGCCCACGCCUGUUCAGCACCAGAGAAUCCACACCGGAGAAAUGCCUUAUGAGUGCAACAAAUGUGGGAUAUUCUUUAGCCAUGCCUCCAGCCUCUUCCAGCACCAGCGAGAUCACAACAGAGGAAAGCCUUACGAGUGCUGCGAAUGUGGGAAAUUCUUUAGCCAGCACUCUAGCCUCGUUAAACAUCAGAGGGUUCACACUGGGGAAAGUCCUCACGUGUGCAGCGAGUGUGGGAAAUUCUUUAGCCGGAGCUCCAACCUCAUUCAGCACAAGAGGGUGCACACGGGAGAGAAGCCUUAUGAGUGCAGUGAAUGCGGGAAGUUCUUUAGCCAGCGCUCCAACCUCAUUCAUCAUAAAAGGGUUCAUACGGGCAAAAGCGCUCACGAGUGCAGUGAGUGUGGGAAGUCCUUCAACUGCAACUCCAGCCUCAUUAAACACUGGAGAGUUCACACUGGAGAAAGACCUUAUAAGUGCAAUGAAUGUGGGAAAUUCUUCAGCCACAUCGCCAGUCUCAUCCAACAUCAGAUAGUCCACACUGGCGAACGGCCUUACGGGUGCAGCGAAUGUGGGAAAGCCUUCAGCCGAAGCUCCGACCUCAUGAAGCAUCAGAGAGUCCACACUGGGGAACGGCCUUAUGAGUGCAUUGAAUGUGGGAAACUGUUUAGCCAGAGCUCCAGCCUCAAUAGCCAUCGGAGACUUCACACUGGCGAACGGCCUUAUCAGUGCCCCGAAUGUGGGAAAUUCUUUAACCAAAGCUCCAGCCUCAAUAACCAUCGGAGACUUCACACCGGUGAGCGGCCUUACGAGUGCCUCGAAUGUGGGAAAACCUUUAGGCAACGGUCUAAUCUGAGGCAACACCAGAAGGUUCACAAACCAGACAGGCCAUAUAAGUGUGGCGAGUGUGGAAAAGCCUUCAGCCAGAGGCCUACCCUCGUCCGGCACCAGAAAAUUCACACUAGGGAAAGGAGUGCAGAGAAUGUGCAUCUUCCUCCAGCACAACGAUGUGCGGUGGAGAUAAGCUCUGAGAACAGUCUUUACGAGGGGGCCAUCAGCCAGAGGUUGAACCUUGUUCAUCCCAGUGUCCACACUGGGCAGAUUCCCUAUGAAUGCUAGUUAUGUUGGAAGCUUUCUGGAACAAAGUAGCAUUUUCUCACCAUGGACUCUACCACACCUUUGUCACCAUGAGGGUUUGUGGUAGAAGCCACUGAGCUCUGGCAGGUCUCCAAGAGCAUGUGUCAGCCAUUCCCUGUGUUCAGACCUCUUCUCUUUUUCCAAGAGGGAAUCCCGAGUAGUCUGAGGCCAAAGGAAGAUGUCAUUCCGUCCCUCUGUGACCAGUGUAGCUGUGGACGUGACCCAUUUUUGACCAUGAAGACCUGAGCUGGGUUCUGCUGGCAGCUUGCAGAGAAGGUUUCCCUUCUUUCAAGGACAUGGCUGAUCUCAUAUGAUGCUCCCUUUAUCCAGACUCCACAUUUCCCAUCCCAACAACUACCUACUUUACAUUGCCUUAGUGAUGAAGCCACCUUUAACCCCACGUGUUUUGAUCAUUGUGAAGUGGGUUGAGAACACAGUUAAGGUCUACAAAACUAAAAGGGUCUCCAACAGUAUUGCCUCAGGGAAAGAGCAGGGUGGUAGAGAAUAGCUCUCAGUCCAGAUUUGGCCUCCUUUGUGUGGCUACUGAACGCCUCCUGGGAAAGAUGGUGGGACUUUGUGUGCCUAAUGUUGUGAUCUGAAUGGCGUGAAUUUUUGUGAGCCAGAGAUGACCCUGAGGACAGGGCAGUUGUGACAGCCUCUCUGCACCUGGCGCAGCAUGAAUAGGGCCCCUUGUUUCCAGGGCAAGCCUCACAUUCCCUAGCACUGUUAGGCAGACACUGUUUACCUGGCACCUGCCAAGGAGCCAUAUCCCUUGAAGUUUAGGAUCUGGUAUACAGGUCUCCUAACUGUUAAGACUUACUGGACCCAACUGAGACCAUAAUUUGUAUGGAAAUACUGGGGGUGAUAAUGGAGUAGGUGAGUCUGCAGCAAGCUAGAGGGAAUGUUCCUGUUCUAAAAGUGCAUCCACAAAUGUUCCUUUGAGUGUGACUGUGCAGGAUUCAGUCUUCGCAGAAAUUCUCAGGACCUCCAGACCUCUGUCCUAUGACUUAGGUCACUGGCAGAGCAAAAACCGAAAGGUUUUGUGGGUACUAAGGCUCCUUGCACUGUUCGUGCCACAGCUAUUGCUACAUUGGCACGAGAGUAGGGGCUGAGAGAAGGUAGAUCCUCUACUCCAGGGAUUUGCGUUUGUCACAGAGCCAGCCAUUUUUGCUGCCAAGGCAUGAGCAAGAGAGAGAAGAGCGUCAAUGUAGGGUUGCCAAAUCUUCUAAUUUUCUAAAAUGAAUGGGAGAUCAGAUUUUUAUGUACAACAAUUUCUUUAAAUGCUUUGUUGAGAUAUAAUUGUCAUGCAACAGUUGUACAUAUUUGAUGUGCGGAAUUUGAGAAGUUUUUCAGUAUGUAUACACUCAGGGAACCAACACCAGAACCACGACAAUGGACCUUUCCAUCACCCACAAAACUACCUCGUGCCCUUUACUAUCCCUUCUUGCCUUCCCAGAAAACCAUCGAUUUACAUUUUUUUUUACUAUAGAUUUGUUUGCCUUUCUUAGAAUUUUAUACAACUGGAAUCAUAAAGUAUUUAUACCCUAUUUUUGUCUAUUUUCUUUCACAAUGUAAUUAUCUUGAGAAUUAUCCAUGCUGUAUGUAUAAACAGUUCAUUCCUUUUCCUGUUGAGUAGUGCUCUCUUGAGUGAAUCCAUUGCAAUUUUUUAUGCUUUCUUUUUAAAUUAAAAAAUCUCUGGUAAAAUACACAUAACAUAAAAUUCACCAUCUUAACCAUCUGUAAGUGCACAGUUCAGGGGUAUUAAGUAUGUUCAUAUUGUACAGCCAUCACCACCAUUCGCAUCCCAAGCUCCUUUCAUCUUGCAAAACCAAAAGUCUGUACCCAUUAAAAGAUAACUUCAAAGUAA